AUGCAGCUGCGCUGGAGAGGCCACCUGGUGCGCAUGGACGACGAGCGACUACCCAAACGACUCUUCUACGGAGACGUUGCGGCGGGUUCUCGCCGUCAAGGAGGCCAGAUUCGCCGUUACAAGGAUACCCUGAAGUCCUCCCUGUAACGCCUGCAAAUCAACCCCACCAACUGGGAGGAGCUCGCACUCGGUCGACCGACCUGGAGGAGGACAGUGAAGACAGGCGCUGCGAUCUACGAAGCCAACCGCAUAGCUGCCGACAAAGCGAAACGCGAAGCCCGCAAAUCACAACUUCGCCCAGUACACAACGCCGCCGCACAACCGCUUCCAACGUGUCCUCGAUGUCAACGGACAUUCCGUGCUCGAAUUGGACUUGUUGGACAUCUUCGGAUCAAUCGCGCCUCUCGAACUGCACCAACCAUCGUCCCCCUGCAGGCCUCUUGCUCCUCUCCGCCGCCAACUAACUCUGACAAUUUUUCUGACCCACCACUUCCUUCCUCCUCCUCCUCCUCCUACUCCUCCUCCACUGCUCCAACGACGGCCGCUCAGGCGACUGUCCCGCGCGCAACAGCCGAUACCACCACAACCACCUCCCCCGACCCCAGCGAUGAGGAUCAGGACUACACCUGCCCUCACUGUGACCACACCUUCACCUCACACAUCGGCCUGGUCGAUCACUUGCGAAUCUAUCGCACAGAGACUGGCGAACCAGUGCGUGAAGCACCAACCUACACCCACCGCACCCGCCUCCACUGCCCACUCCUCGCACCUUCAGGCAUCGCAUGGGUCUAUUCGGCCAAAUGCGCAUCCACGAGAGCGGAAUUGACCGCAACUCCGACACACCCACCACAUCCAGCACAUCCAUCACGCCCAGUCCCACCCUCGCUCCAUGGCUCUGCGCGCCCAUCACCACCACCACCAUCACCGCGUCCUCCGUAG